CGCGAGCUCUCUGCCAUCUACUCUCCAGUCACCUUGUCCUACUGCCUGGGGGUUGUCUUAUUCCAUUUCACUUGAAUCGCUAUUGGACAAGGAAUGUGACCACGUUGUCUGAUCUCCUGUGUGGUAAUUCCCCGUCCCUCACGACCAGUCCCCGCCCAGCCUCCGGCUAUCCAGCAUACUCGCGCCCUCCACCAUGGACCUUGAGCACCGUGACCUCAACUCAGAUCAGCCCAGGCGGCGAAGGCGCAAUGCCGUGAGGCGACGUAUGCGCAACAGGGCGCCGCUCUCUGCGCGCCUUUCCCUUGAUCCCCAGCUACGCGGGAAUGUCGGAGUUGUGUCCGAAGAUCUGGCCAGUGACCUCUUUCAAUACUCCACCGCGACCGAGGGAAACGGAACCGAACCCGGAAUUUAUUAUCUCGCAAUCUCGCCCUACCUUCCGGGCUAUAAUGCGGUGGAGGAUCUGGCUUGGACCAUCAUCCCGGUCCGGCCGCAGUCCAAAGGACGCUCCCCUCAGUCGACCAUCCCUCAUUCUACAAUACUCUUCCCACACUCGGCAACUUCCUUACAGCCAUUUACCGACGCAUUGGGCAAGCUUGAUCCCACCCGUCAUACUCUUCAAGCACAGCGUCCUAUUGAGAUUCGAGUGUUGGAUGUUGCGCCCCUGCCAUUGGACACCAUUUACGUGACCGUUGAGCGGAAUCUGCUUCGGAAUCACGAUGAUAUCCAGAAUAAAUUCGGUGGGGGAUUUGCUUCCAAUCAAAAUGGGCCCAAUGGGCUGUGGGCAAAGGGAGGGAAAGGUGUUGAGACCAAGAAACCCUCGAAGAAGGCGGCAGCAGAGACUGAAGAUAGGCUGACGGCUGCGGUACGUGAGGCCUUGGGAGCCGAGAAGGUGGUGCAUACCGGUGAUGUACUGCCACUUCCAUUGCCUCCGCAUCCCAUUACCUAUGCCCCGUCACCGCCUGCGCGCAUCUCAUACUGCGAACCUGUUUCUCAAGGCCUACUGGUGCCGACGACCAAAGUCGUGUUGAUUCAGGCGCGGUCUCCGGGUCAUCGGGCACAGCGAAGUUUGCGCUCGAGCUCGGGUCUUCUCAAGCAAGUCGCGGAAGAUGAGGCCGACGACACCUCUAAUGAACAGUUUUACUCCGCCGCGGAAGAUAAGCCGGUGGAAAGCAGCACAGAGGUGGAGGCUACUUCGACCGCAGAUGAGUCAGAAACUGAAGGAUCUGGAGGAAAUGCGAGCGACACGUCGGAUGACUCUCUAGACGACAUGAUCUCGCUUUCUGCCCCUGAGCUUCCCCAGUCAGCAUCGGGUGUCAUGUCCGCCAUGACCGCUGCAACACCCCGGGCAGGGGGCCGUCGCGCGGACGGGACACAUACUCCAGGCUCUGUCGCAUCCAACUUCACUUCUACGACCAUGCGUCCCGGGCGCGCAAACGGCGGAAAGGUCUUCAGGGCGGAAGGCCUGCUCCGCAGGGUACCGAGCGACCUCCUCCACCCCAGGCCUCGGGAAGACGACGAUAUAGAGUCGUUCAUCUUUGUUGAUGUCAGCACACUCGCCAAGAUCGGCUGUUUCUCUGGGGACUGGGUUAGGAUUGAGGCCACCGAAGAGCCGCAGCUCAAUAUGUUCGCCUCUAUCAAGCUCGGGAGCUUCACUGGACAAGAGGACGACUCUGGAGACUGGCGUGCUGUCAAGAUAUACGGACUCCCCGGCCUUCCGUCCGCUAAGCCGCGAUACUCAAUCAACCAGUCUGGCGAGCGACGGUCGAGCAUCUCUCAGCGUGCUCCUACGCGCCUGACGCCUUCAGUGUUCGUUCCUCCGUUGUUAUUGAACAACCUAGACAACCCCAAACACAUCCGCAUUUCUCCGAUGAUCUUCCCUGCGGCCAAUGGGGCCAAGCCUGGUCUCCUACACCAGGUGAAGUCAAGUGUCGUCCGCAGCCCACCUUUGGCAAAGGAAGUGACUUUACUCAAAGUCUCUACUCCGCUAUCCAUGGACCGUGUCCUCCAACCGGCUCUGUUUGCUGGUCUCAAGCAAUACUUCGAGUCCCGGCGACGACUCCUCAAAGGCGGCGAUCUCGUAGGAAUCAGCGUUGACGAGGGAUUCGGUAGAGCUGUUUUCUCAGUAACUACUGGUGGCGACAGUGGUGCUCAGGAUGAUGACUUGGCUACCCGCUUAGGUCAGGUUACCGACUCUGACCACACUACAUCAAAGAAAGUUGGCGUUGCCUGGUUCCGUGUCGGGCAGGUUGUCCCUAGCAUAGCCAAUGAACAAGAUGGCGCUGGUGAAAACCAGUGGGGAGGCGUUGCUGUCAUCGAUUCCGCCACUACAAGAAUGGUGCAGGCUGGUAGCGAUGUAAGCAGGGUACCAGGCACUAUAGAUAAUGGGUGGGAAUAUUGGCUUGGAGUGAAGUCAGUCCCAAGGACGGCCAAUGAUGCCCCGACUCCACAUGGUCUUAUCACAGAAGCUCCGCAGUCGUUUAUUCCCCCACUGCAACGGCGCAUUCGUGACUUGAUGUCAGUGGCGACCAGCCCUCGUGCAAUCCAGUUGGGCAUGAAGCCGGUUGUCAUACUGAUCAGGUCUCAGCAGAGACACAUUGGAAAGGCAACCAUCGCCACACGGGCUUGUGCUGACAUUGGCCUCCAUACAUUUCCCAUUGAUGCCUAUGAUAUCUUGACCGAAGGUGGUGCAAAUGGCGGCGACGUGAAGACCGAAGCUUACUUGAAGGCAAGAGCCGAGCGUGCUUUCCACUGUGGAUCUGAAUGCACGGCACUCUUGAUCAAGCAUAUCGAAGUGUUGACUGCAGACCGUAUCGUUUCAGCAAUGGCUGAUAUUGUGGCGGAUGCACGAGUCAUGAUCGCGACCACGACGGAUGUCGAACAGAUCCCCGAAGGCAUUCGCAGCAUGUUCACGCACGAAUUUGAGAUGACUGCCCCGGAGGAGAAAGAGCGUGAGGGUAUUCUCCGCAAUGCUGUCUCUGAACGCAGCAUCAAGACAUCGCCUGAUGUCGAUCUGGGUACGGUAGCUUUGAAGACUGCUGCCCUAGUUGCUGGAGACUUGGUGGAUGUGGUUGAACGAGCCGCAGCUGCACGGGCCGCGCGUCUAGAGAAACUAGCAGAAACUGCCAGCAAGAAUGCUGGGCAGACUGUCAGCGUCAGGGAUGUCCUUAUCUCCGGCGGGGACGCCGCACGAGGAGUUACGAAGGUUGACUUUGAUGUCGCAGUCGACGCCGCAAGAAAGAACUUUGCCGAUUCAAUUGGGGCACCAAAAAUCCCCAAUGUUGGCUGGGACGAUGUGGGUGGUCUGACCAACGUCAAGGACGCUCUGAUCGAAACCAUCCAACUGCCGCUCGAGCGGCCUGAGCUGUUCGCGAAGGGUAUGAAGAAGCGCAGUGGUAUCCUGUUCUACGGACCUCCGGGUACCGGCAAGACCCUCCUCGCCAAGGCUAUUGCAACCGAGUUCUCUUUGAACUUCUUCUCCGUCAAGGGACCCGAGCUGCUCAACAUGUACAUUGGCGAGUCCGAGGCGAAUGUACGCCGAGUCUUCCAACGGGCUCGGGAUGCCCGGCCGUGUGUUGUCUUCUUUGACGAACUCGACUCGGUUGCCCCCAAGAGAGGCAAUCAAGGAGAUAGCGGCGGUGUCAUGGAUCGUAUUGUCAGUCAAUUGCUUGCGGAACUGGAUGGUAUGAAUGGGGGCGAGGAGAACAGCGGUGGCGUCUUUGUGAUCGGUGCCACCAACCGCCCCGAUUUGCUCGACACAGCGCUUCUUCGUCCUGGCCGGUUCGACAAGAUGCUGUAUCUUGGAGUGUCUGACACCCACGAGAAGCAGGCUACGAUUUUGGAAGCUCUUACGAGGAAGUUUACUCUGUCACCGGAAGUGUCGCUCGGCCGAGUUGCCGACCGACUGCCUCUGACCUACACGGGUGCUGAUUUGUACGCCUUGUGUUCGGACGCCAUGCUCAAAGCCAUCACGCGCAAGGCCACGGCUGUCGACGAGAAGAUCAAGCAGUUGCCAGGGGAGCCCGUCAGCACGGCAUACUUCUUCGACCAUCUGGCGACGCCGGAGGACGUGGCCGUGAUGGUUACGGAGGACGACUUCAAAGACGCACAGGAGGAGCUCGUUCCUAGUGUUAGUGCCAAAGAACUGGAACACUUUGAACGAAUCCGGCAGACGUUCGAAUCGGUUGAUAAACAAAAGCCGGAGUCUGGCAGUGGUAACUCUGGGUCUCAGACGAUCGAGGAUGCGCUCGAGGCACUUAAAGCCGGCGAUCAGCUGGCCUUUAGCCUGGAUGGACCCGCCGUCAACGGCGACUCCAUCAACGAUUCCGGGAAGGGCAAAGGAAAGCAAGUCUCGACUGGCUACUCAACAAGUGGAAAGGGUAAAGGGAAGAAUCCUGCUGGCUCGGGCGGGAAGUUGAAGAACAAGUCUGUCUCCAUGCCGAAUGGGGAUUCGGAUUCAUCUCUGGACGGUCCCCCGGCUGACCGGGGCCAAGGCUACGAUGAUGUCGUCGAGCAGGAUGAAGAUGGGAUUACUAAUGGAGGUGAUGAAGACUACAUCAUCCGCACCGACCACUUAGCUCCAGCUGGUGGAUCUAAGUGAAGGAGAUGCUUGAGAACUUGCGCCUGGUGACGAAUAAUGUCGCACAUGGAUGACUAUGGGGCCAUCUGCAAGGCCGAUGUACAUACAUAUACAUAUAUCUUACUGUCAUGACUGCAUGCCGGGAGAUGACAUGACCAAAUCACCGAUCAUUGGACGAUUG